AUGGCGGACGCUGAGUGCUCACUUCGUCAAGUGCUCGUUGAAAUCGCGGAGAGAAAUGAUUACACAAACCACAAUAUCGACAUCAAGGGUUUCAACAGUGGCGGCGCGAACUACACCUCAGCUAUAUUCUUCGCGACCAUUUCUUCCUCAGGAAAAGACGAUCUGGACCUUUUCGCGAAAGUGGCAAUAGUUGGUGAGAAAAUACGCAAUAAAUCAACUGUAGAUCGAAUGUUUACGACCGAGCAGACGUUUUACAACGAUCUGGCGACGGUUUGGGACGGCUACCAGUCCAAAUAUUCGGUACCCGACGAUGAAAAGUUUGUCUUCCCGAAAUUUUACGGCGGUAGCCCUAAACGGGGGGAGGAAACGGUCGUGCUGAAUAAUCUUGUUGCACGUGGGUACGAGACGUAUAACAGAUUCAAAUCUGUGGACUGGCAAUAUGCUUCUAAAGCUAUUGAGACAUUAGCUAAGUUUCAUGCAUUGUCAUUUGUUUUCGAGAAGGAAUCGCCUGAAGAGCACGAAAAGAUAUGUAAAGAAUUGGUAUACCAGAUGGGAGGAGAAGAAGAUAGUACAAAGAAAGUUUGGGAAAGGAUGGUAGAGAGUUCAAUACAGGUGCUCAAUGAUGAACAUAAGGGACGAGUUAUGAAGUUUAUGGAGAAACAUACGAGCAUGGAAUCAUUCAUGAAGUAUUACAGACCUCUCGGAAAGUCUGUAUUAAUUCACGGAGACUAUCGGCCGAGUAAUUUAUUAUAUAAGAAACAGGACGACUCCCUCCAAGUCAUACCUGUGGACUACCAGACUCUGCGCGCCGGCAGCCCAGUUUCUGACCUCAUCUACUUCAUUUUCGUGGGGUCCGACCAGAAGUUCAGAGAGAACCACUACCAACAGCUCGUCGAGCAUUACUACCAGCAGUUAUGCCUGGCGCUGGCCAGGUUCCAGAUAGACCCAGCAGACGUGUACCCGAGAGAGAAGUUCGACGUUGACUUUAAGGAAAUGCUGCCAUUUGCCGUACUUCUAGGUGUGUUCCUGUUACCAAUAAUAACAGUUGAGGCAGAAAGUGCUCCCCGCAUGGACGGAGAUGCAGAUUUCGACAGCUUCGUCGUGAAGCCAAAUGAGUUAUUCGCCCAAAGAUUCACUGAACUCAUCGCGGAUUGCAUCCGAUACGAAAUUAUUUAG